AUCACAAGCGGCGGGGGGCGGGAUCGCGGCAGCGGUGCUCGGGCGGUCCGCUUGUGUGCAGUGUGUGAAUGUGGCAGCCGCAGGGAGGGGCGCGCUGUUUAUUUCAUUAUUAAAAGUGUUUUCUGACUGAAGUUAAAGUGAUUUCUAACGGAGGAUAUACAUCUGCUCCUCCGCGCGACGCGCGCCGCUCCUGUCCGCGCUCUUUGUGCCGUUUCAUCGCUGGACGGAGAGGAUCAUGGGGCCGUGAACAUGUUGGAAUAAUCGAUCAAAAGACUCCUUUGCUGAACAGAUUUAUAUUUAUUUAUUCUUUAGCUUCGCGGAUGAAUGAAACGCACCGUCAGGAUGGAGCAGGUGAAUAUCCUGAAGAGAUUCAUUGAAGCUUUAAGAAGCGGCGAGCAGAAAGCAGAAGAGAACUUCAGCUCGGACUUCAUGCGAUUACGUCGAUUAUCAACCAAAUAUAGAACAGAGAAGAUCUACCCCACUAAUGUUGGAGAACAUGAGGAAAAUGUGAAGAAAAACCGAUAUAAAGACAUUCUGCCAUUCGACCACAGCCGUGUGAAGGUGACGUUAAAAACAUCCAAUCAGGACACUGACUACAUCAAUGCAAACUUCAUCAAGGGCAUCGCUGGGCCGGAGGCCUACAUAGCCACUCAGGGGCCGCUACCCAACACUGUGCUGGACUUCUGGAGGAUGAUCUGGGAGUACAAGGUCAUGGUCAUCGUGAUGGCGUGUCGAGAGUUUGAGAUGGGGAGGAAGAAGUGUGAGCGUUACUUCCCUCUGUUAGGAGACGAGCCUGUGACCUUCGGCCCCUUCAAGAUCUCUUGUGAGUCUGAGCAGCCGCGGACGGAUUAUUUCAUCCGUACGCUCACAGUGGAGUUCGAUCAUGAGACCCGGCGAGUGACGCAGUUCCAUUACGUGAACUGGCCCGAUCACGACGUCCCGUCAUCCUUCGACUCCAUUCUGGACAUGAUCGCCCUGAUGAGGGAGUAUCAGGAGCAUGACGACGUUCCCAUCUGUGUCCACUGCAGUGCUGGCUGUGGACGCACAGGAGCCAUCUGUGCAAUCGACUACACGUGGAACCUCCUGAAAGCUGGGAGUAUUCCUGAAGAUUUUAACGUUUUCCAGCUGAUUCAGGAGAUGAGGACACAGCGGCAUUCAGCAGUUCAGACCAAAGAGCAGUACGAGUUAGUUCAUCGAGCGAUCGCACAGCUCUUCCAGAAACAGCUGAUGCUUUUGGAGAGUGCGACUAACUCUGAGCUCCCAGACGGGACGGAAGAGGGCAGCCCAGAAAAGCCUGGUCAGAAUUCAGAUGAGGAGAGAUGGGACACGCCCCCUCCUAAACCGCCCCGCAUCCGCAGUAAUCAGGCCGAGGGCGACGUGAAGGAGGAGAUUCUGCAGCCUCCAGAGCCACGGCCCGUUCCGCCCAUCCUCACGCCGUCUCCACCCUCGGCCUUCCCUACGGUCACAAACGCACGGCAGGACAACGACCGCUACCAUCCCAAACCCAUCCUGCACGUGCUAGCGUCGGACCAGAACCCUGACCUCAACGAGAACUACAGCAAGCCGGGGCAGGACGGUCCGGAGCGCCGGCUGGAGCACACGCUGGCCAUCGAGAUCAGGAAAGUGCCGCUGCAGGAGGGUCCUCGCAGCUUCGAGGGGAACAGCGCUCCGCAGCGAUCACACGCCUUCACGCUCUCCAACACCAGCUGUGUGUGUGAGGAGUGUGACGAGCCUCUGCGACCCGAGAGUCAGUGUGAGCCCGGCCGGACGCCACUGAGCUUCACCAACCCACUGCACUCUGACCCCCCCGACACACUCUCCACGAGCAGCAGCACAGCUCCAGCAGCACAGCAGAGAGACCACACCCCCCCCAGAGUCACAGCGACACCCGUCACCCACCAGAGACCGCCCACACACACCUCGAACUGUGACGUCAGUGAAGAUUUGCCCCCGCCUGUUCCUGAGCGAACCGCUGAGUCCUUCCUGUUGGCCACAGACCCCGCAGAUGUGAAGCCGCCGGCGACCGAAGCGUGUUCAGACGAGGCGUCUGCAGACACACAAGCUCCUGCUAGUCCUCCAAAGACCGGUACGUCACAGUUUCCGUCGUCACAAGUGUCUGUGUGCAGCGAUGCCGAGCAGAAGAACAGAAAGGGUCCAGGUUCGCCUCUGAAGGACAGGAGAGCAGAGACGGAGAGCGGUGAGUGACCAGAGCAGACCAGAGCGUUUCUGUUAGGAUCUGUGAGUUUCUCUCGAGCGUCUCUGUGUCGCAGGAUUCAGCAGCCGCUGCUCGCAUCCCAAAGGCCCCUCGGAGUGGACAUGACCGCGGCACCCAUCCAGUCGACACUACACGCUCCUCUUUCUUCUAUAAGUGUCACUGUAGACGGACGGUGUCUCUUCUUUGACUAACACAAUCAGUAAAGCUGCAAAGAUAAUCUCCCAUGAUGCACCUGGCAGUGCUGGUGCUGAGAGCCUGCUUUACUCCUGGAUCUGUUCCUCUGCAGUAGUUUAGACUGAGAUCAGACGACGCGGGCCGGAGUAAAUGAUGAUGCUGAUGCACUAUCACUGAAUAUAUUAAUGCCAUGUAAGACGUCUGUGCAUGAAAGCAUCACGUGUACCUCGAACUGUAAGUUAUUUGCUCUCCUGUUAGAAAAAACGUUUUCAGGGCUGUGUUCUCUUUUCUCCUCGUUUCUUUGCGUUCGUCGGCCAGUGUGUAUCAGCCGCUUCACGAGACGCUUCACGAGACGCUUCACGAGACGCUUCACGAGACGCUGGAGGCUGCAGAUUGUAUUGAUGAUGUUUUUUGUAAAUUGUAAUCUAGAGGUUAUUUUUGUAUAUGCUAUUUUCUCACU